AUGCACGAUGAAGUGAAGGGGCUGAGCGGCGGCGGUGACAGCAGCGGCGGCGGCGGCGGAGGGGACGGCUCUGCUCUGCACUGCAGCGGAGCACGCGGAGAAGCCUCCGGACCGGCAGCCGGCAGCCGGGGCGAGCCGAGCUGCGCCAUGCUCAACAACCUGACGGACUGCGAGGACGGCGAGGGGGGGGCGAGCCAAGGUGAUGGGAACCCCAAGGAAAGCAGCCCAUUCAUCAACAGCACCGACUUGGAGAAGGGGAAGGAAUACGAUGGGAAGAACAUGGCGCUCUUUGAGGAGGAGAUGGACACCAGCCCCAUGGUCUCCUCCCUGCUCAGCGGCCUGGCCAACUACACCAACCUGCCCCAGGGCAGCCGGGAGCACGAAGAGGCAGAGAACAACGAGGGGGCCAAGAAGAAGCCUGUCAAGGCCACCCGGAUGGGCACCUUCAUGGGCGUCUACCUGCCCUGCCUGCAGAACAUCUUUGGCGUCAUCCUCUUCCUCCGCCUCACCUGGGUGGUGGGCAUCUCGGGCAUCCUGGAGUCCUUAAGCAUGGUCAUCCUCUGCUGCUCCUGCACCAUGCUGACGGCCAUCUCCAUGAGUGCCAUCGCCACCAAUGGAGUGGUGCCAGCCGGCGGGUCCUACUACAUGAUCUCGCGUUCGUUGGGCCCGGAGUUUGGAGGGGCCGUGGGACUCUGCUUUUACCUGGGCACCACCUUUGCAGGUGCCAUGUACAUCCUGGGCACCAUAGAGAUUCUGCUGGCCUACAUCUUCCCCGCCAUGGCCAUCUUCAAGGCCGAGGACGCCAGCGGGGAAGCGGCCGCCCUGCUGAACAACAUGAGGGUCUACGGGACGUGCGUCCUCUCCUUCAUGGCCACCAUCGUCUUUGUGGGCGUGAAGUACGUGAACAAGUUUGCCCUCAUCUUCCUGGGCUGCGUCAUCCUCUCCAUCCUGGCCAUCUACGCGGGAGUCAUCAAGUCCGCCAUCGACCCCCCAUCCUUCCCGAUUUGCCUCUUGGGCAACCGGACUCUGUCCCGCGACGGCUUUGACGUGUGUACCAAGAUGGUCCAGGUGGGCAACGAGACGAUGGGCUCCGAGCUGUGGGCACUCUUCUGCUCCUCACGCUUCCUGAAUGCCACCUGUGAUGAGUAUUUCAGCCAGAACAACAUCACGGAGAUUGAGGGCAUCCCUGGAGCGGCUUCCGGUCUCAUCCAAGAAAACCUCUGGAGCACCUACUUGCAAAAGGGGGUGUUUAUUGAGCGGGCAGGGAUGACCUCCGUGUCCUCCUCCUCCGAGGGGGAGCCGGACAUGGACCAGCCCUACGUCUUCAGCGACAUGACCUCCUACUUCACCCUGCUGGUCGGCAUCUACUUCCCUUCCGUCACCGGGAUCAUGGCUGGCUCCAACCGCUCUGGGGAUCUCCGGGACGCUCAGAAGUCGAUCCCCACGGGCACCAUCCUCGCCAUCGCCACCACCUCAGCCGUCUACAUCAGCUCCGUGGUGCUGUUUGGCGCCUGCAUUGAGGGCGUCGUGCUGCGGGACAAGUUCGGCGAGGCCGUCAGCGGGAACCUGGUGGUGGGCACGCUGGCCUGGCCGUCCCCCUGGGUCAUCGUCUUUGGCUCCUUCUUCUCCACCUGCGGGGCUGGACUGCAGAGCCUCACGGGGGCCCCUCGCCUGCUGCAGGCCAUCUCGCGGGACGGCAUCGUGCCUUUCCUCCGGGUCUUUGGCCACGGCAAGGCGAACGGGGAGCCCACCUGGGCCCUCCUGCUCACAGCCUGCAUCUGCGAGAUUGGCAUCCUGAUCGCCUCCCUGGACGAGGUGGCCCCCAUUCUCUCCAUGUUCUUCCUGAUGUGCUACAUGUUUGUCAACCUGGCCUGUGCAGUGCAGACCCUCCUGAGGACCCCCAACUGGCGCCCCCGCUUUCGCUACUACCACUGGACCCUCUCCUUCCUGGGCAUGAGCCUCUGCCUGUCACUGAUGUUCAUCUGCUCCUGGUACUAUGCCCUGGUGGCCAUGCUGAUCGCGGGGCUCAUCUACAAGUACAUCGAGUACCGAGGGGCAGAGAAGGAGUGGGGCGAUGGCAUCCGAGGCCUCUCGCUCAGCGCAGCCCGAUACGCCCUGCUGCGGCUGGAGGAGGGGCCGCCCCACACCAAGAACUGGCGGCCGCAGCUGCUGGUGCUCGUCCGGGUGGACCAGGAGCAGAACGUGGCUCACCCGCAGCUGCUCUCCCUCACCAACCAGCUGAAGGCCGGCAAGGGACUGACCAUCGUGGGCUCUGUGCUGGACGGCACCUUCCUGGAAAACCACCUGCAGGUCCAGCGGGCCGAGGAGUCCAUCCAGCGCCUGAUGGAGGCCGAGAAGGUCAAGGGCUUCUGCCAGGUGGUGACCUCUUGCAAUGUCCGGGAUGGCAUGUCGCACCUCAUCCAGUCCAGCGGCCUUGGAGGGCUUCAGCACAACACGGUGCUGGUCGGCUGGCCCCGCAGCUGGCGCAGCAAGGAGGACCACCAGACCUGGAGGAACUUCAUUGAGUUGGUGCGAGAGACCACGGCUGGCCACAUGGCCCUGCUGGUGGCCAAGAACGUGGCCAUGUUCCCGGCCAACACGGAGCGCUUCCCGGAGGGCCACAUCGACGUCUGGUGGAUCGUGCAUGACGGGGGGAUGCUGAUGCUGCUGCCCUUCCUCCUGCGCCAGCACAAGGUAUGGCGCAAGUGCAGGAUGCGCAUCUUCACGGUGGCCCAGAUGGACGACAACAGCAUCCAGAUGAAGAAGGACUUGACCACCUUCCUCUACCACCUGCGCAUCACGGCCGAGGUGGAGGUGGUGGAGAUGCACGAGAGCGACAUCUCGGCCUACACCUACGAGAAGACCCUGAUGAUGGAGCAGCGGUCCCUCAUCCUGAAGCAGAUGCACCUGACCAAGACGGAGCGGGAGCGGGAGAUCCAGAGCAUCACGGACGAAUCCCGGGGCUCCAUCCGGCGCAAGAACCCCCCCAACACCCACCUGUGCCUCAGUGUCCCAGAUGAGCAGGUGGGCGACAGCGAGGAGAAGCCCGAAGAAGAGGUGCAGCUGAUCCACGACAAGAACGCCACCAGCUUCUCGGCUGAGUCGCAGUCGCCGGGGGAGGAGGCGGAGACCGAGGCGGAGGCGGAGGCCGCGCCCGAGAAGGUGCACCUCACCUGGACGAAGGAGAAGGAGGCCGGGAAGAGCAAAGCCAAGAGCCCCGUCAGCUCCGAGAGCAUCAAGGACUUCUUCAACAUGAAGCCGGAGUGGGAAAACCUGAACCAGUCCAACGUCCGGCGGAUGCACACGGCGGUCCGGCUGAACGAGGCCAUCGUGCGGAAGUCGCAGGAUGCGAAGCUGGUGCUGCUCAACAUGCCGGGUCCCCCCCGGAACCGCAAGGGGGACGAGAACUAUAUGGAGUUCCUGGAGGUGCUGACGGAGCAUCUGGACCGGGUGCUGCUGGUGCGUGGGGGAGGCCAGGAGGUGAUCACCAUCUAUUCCUGAGUCCUGGGCCCUUCCUUGCCCGAAGGCUUGUGCCCCGAGAGCCUCACCCCCACUUUGCGCCCAUCGCCCCCGCUGCAACCAGCCCGACCCGGCCUGUGUCUCGGGAUGGGAGGAUGGAGCCCCAGAUCUGCCGAAGGGGCCGUGGGUGGGUUGGUGGGUGGGUGGAGGUUGAUGCCCACCAGCCUGCUUUCCACUGCUGCCCCUCUGCCCGGCUCCCAGGUGGGGAGAGGGUGCCAGCCAAGGCCACCAGCAUGCUUCCCUUGCCACAGCUGGCCCCUCCGCCCCCACCCCCACCUUCUGUGCCAGGCCUCACUCAGGGCCCUCCCCCGCUCCUUGACUCCCUGUGGGGUGGGGGCUCUUUGGGGCAAGGGUAUCCUGGGGGAGGAGCUGAGAUUCACUCCCCCCAUGCAAUCGUGGGUGUUUUCCCCAUUGGGGCCAGGGGGCUCUUGGCACCCACUGGGCCAGCUGACCCAUUGCUUAGCUGGCCAGCCCCUCCCCCGACCUGACCCCCAACACCAGACCCUCCCGCAGAGGCUGGGGAGGGAAAAAGGGCUCCACGCAGCAGCGGUUUGUCUUUCGGCCAAGGCUCCCAGCUCACACGCGCGCGUGCGAAGGGGUGUGUGCGUGCAAGGGGACCUCUGCCGCUCCUCAACCCCGUUGCACUUUAGGGUCUUCCAGCCAGGGGCCCCCUCAAGCCAGGAUCAAAGUGAACCCUGGACAGCUGCAGGGCCGGGGGCCGUUUGGAGAGACCCCCACAAAGCCUUGCACUACCCCAGAACUCCCCCUCCCCGGGAUAAUGAAGGGGAGCACGGCUGCCCCCUGGUUGCAGAGUCCUCCUCCCCUCCCCGUAGGAAAGAAGGGGUGUGCUCUGCUUCUGUGUCCCCCCCCCCAAUUUCUGGUGCCUCACCUUAUACCAAAACACAUGCAUUGGAGCCCUGGGGGCAGCCCCCUCCCCCAGAAGAGGAAAACUGUGGAGCUUUUAACCAAUGUGAAUAGUUCUCCAAGAGCAGAACGCCGUCCCCCCCCCUCCUCUGGGGAGGCUGUAAAUAUAUAGAUAUAUAUAUAUAUACAUUCUGUACAUAACACAGGACCUGUAUUUUUAAAGUUGUCCUAUUUAGGGGAGAAGGAGGAGAGGAAGCUGUGGGGGGAGGAGCUGGGGUGGCUCCAGGGGUCUCUGGACGUCCCCCUGGGUGGGUCCAGGCCCAGAACAAA